AUGAUAGACAAAGCUUUAUUUUGGAAUAUUAGGUCAGUUAACACUCAGAAAUCUUUUGAGAGAUUAAUUGAUCUAAAAAGGAGACAUCAGUAUUCUAUUAUAGGCCUAAUGGAACCUUUUUUGGAUCCUAUUGCUAUUGAAGAGUAUAGAAGGAAGUUAGGCUAUCAGAAUUGCAAGGUGAACUUGUUGGUGUCAGUAGUUUAUGCUAAGUGUGCUAGAGAUGAGAGGGAAGAGUUGUGGGAAGCUAUGGUGGAGUUAGCAAAUCAGCAAGACCUUCCUUGGAUAAUAGGAGGGGACUUUAAUGUCAUAGUCUCUGAUGAGGAGAAGCAAGGUGGUCUUCCAGAUUCACUGGGAAGCAAAUUCACCUGGUGGAAUGGGAGAACUGAAGAGGAGUGCAUUUUUAAAAGGUUAGAUAGAAUACUGGUGAAUCAACAAGUUCUAGACAUCAUGCCAUCUACAGCAGUGACUCAUCUGAUUAGACAUGGUUCUGAUCAUGCACCACUACAUCUUGAGUGUAAUAGCAAUGCUCAUCAUAUUGUCAAGAACACUUAUGGGAAUAUUUUUCAGCAGAUUGCCACUAUAGAGGAUACUAUAAAGGUGAAGGAGUUGCAAUUUCAAAAUAAUGCUUCAAGGGAGAAUAGAAUGCAGUUACAUCAGGCACAGGCUGAACUAACCAGAUUUUUACACUUGGAGGAGGAGUAUUGGAAGCAGAAAGCUAGUAUGAAAUGGUUCAAUGAUGGAGACAGAAAUACAAAAUUCUUCCAUUCAUAUGUGAGGGGCAGGAGGAAUAAAUUGACUUUGAAAAGAAUACAAGAUCCAACUGUACAUGGUGGAAAAUGA